AUGAGCGACCGCGCCGACAGCCCCCGCCGCAGCCCGAGCCCGGAGAAGGCCUCGAGUCCCGCCCGUAGCCCUGCUCGCAGCCGCAGCCCUGUGCGCGAGAGCAGUCGGGAACGUGCGUCGAGCCCUGCACGCAGCACGAGCCGUGGUCGUCGCAGCCGCAGCCCGGCCCGCGAGACCAGCCGCGGCCGUCGCAGCCGUAGCCCUGCCCGCGGCAACAGCCGUGGCCGUGGUAGCAGCCGCGAUCGGCGAGGCGGUGCCCGCGAGGGUGCUCGCGAAGGCGAACGUAUCUCGAUCCUCGUGCGCAACAUCAGCCGCCGUGGUGCCAAGGAUGCAAUUUACGAAGCAUUCUCCAAGCACGGCGAGGUCCGCGAUGUGUACAUCCCGCUCGACCACUACACGCGUGAACCGCGCGGCUUUGCGUUCGUUGAGAUGGCCACGCAAGACGAGGCUGACGUCGCGAUCCGCGCCUUGGACGGCACGGACCUUGAAGGCACGCGCAUUGGCGUUGUCAUGGCGCAGGAACGGCGAAAGACGCCGGUGGAAAUGCGCAAGCGUGACCGCUCGCGCUCGCCGAUCCGCCGCCGUGGCCGCUCGCGCUCCCGUUCGCGUGACCGCCGCCGCAGCCCCCGUCGCCGCAGCCCGCGUCGUUCGCGCUCGGCACCACGCCGCCGCCGCUCGCGCUCGCGGUCGUAA